UUCCGACAUUUGCUUUUGCACAUAAAAAUCUUUUCCUGCUCAUCUGAAUGUUGCUCUUCGACCAUUUGUGAACGAAUCAACGAAUAAACCACGCCGUGGAGCAGCUCAACGCAAGCGCGAGUGUGCAUCGUUGAUAUGUUGUGAGUUUAAAUAAAAACGAAGUGUCAGUGGAUAAAGAAGCAACAGUGGAAACAGCGCGAAACACAGCGACGGCAAAAGUGGUGGACUGAAAUCGCACCAAAUUUAUAAAUAAAUUGCUAUUUCGCAAAUGUUAAUUAUUUGCCGAGGCAAAGAAAACUUGCUAAAUAAUUUGUGAACAAAUUUUGCAGUAAAUAAUAAUGAAUAAUUAGUGCCAAAAAGAUAUAAAAAUAUAAAGCAAAGCAUGACCGAACAACAAAUUUAAAGUCUAAAGCAAGCGUAAGGACCCAUACAAACGCUAUGUUGAAAACUGCUGAUAAAUGAAAUAAAUAGCGCGUCAAAAACAGCAAAAUCAAAAACGUCAUUAAUUAACAAAUAAUCAUUUCGGUGGCUAAAACGUUGUACCCCGCUAUAUAAUCACCCAAAUCAACUCCCUUGGAUAUUACGCGGUCACCAAUCAGUUAACUAAAAAGCGAUUAAUGGCGUUAAGUUACUAAUUGAAUCGUGCUCUGAUUGUUAGUAUUGAAGUGUAGUUUACACUCUUCUCCAACCCCAAAUUUGCUUUUGAAUUAAAUAGCUUAAAUUGACUGUGCGCUGCGCAUUGAUUUUUCUUUGCAUUUUUGAAUUUGACCGGCAAAAUUCCACCAGAACCAAUGGCUAAGGACGAGGAAGAGGAUGAUGUUUUGCCCGAUAAGGAUGCGGCUAAGGGCUUUUAUGCAAAAUAUGAACCUAAAGAGAUAUUGGGAAGAGGCAUCAGUUCCACAGUACGACGCUGCAUUGAAAAGGAGACCGGCAUCGAGUUUGCCGCCAAAAUCAUCGAUCUUGGCGCCGCAACAGAAGCUGGUGAUACCAAUCCAUAUCAUAUGCUCGAAGCCACAAGACAGGAAAUUUCAAUACUCAGACAAGUUAUGGGGCAUCCCUAUAUAAUUGAUCUACAAGAUGUCUUCGAAUCGGACGCUUUCGUCUUUUUAGUAUUUGAAUUGUGUCCGAAAGGUGAACUUUUCGAUUACCUCACCUCGGUUGUAACGUUGUCGGAGAAGAAGACACGCACCAUAAUGCGACAAAUAUUUGAGGGUGUCGAAUAUAUACAUGCAAAGAAUAUUGUACAUCGAGAUUUGAAACCCGAAAAUAUUCUACUCGAUGAGAAUCAUAAUGUUAAAAUAACAGAUUUCGGCUUUGCGCGACAACUGAAGGGCGACGAGAAGUUGACAGACCUCUGCGGCACACCUGGCUAUUUGGCGCCGGAAACAUUGAAAUGUAAUAUGUUCGAAGGCUCGCCUGGAUAUUCAAAAGAAGUUGAUAUUUGGGCAUGCGGCGUCAUUAUGUUCACAUUACUUGUUGGCUGUCCACCGUUUUGGCAUCGCAAACAAAUGGUCAUGUUGCGCAACAUAAUGGAGGGCAAAUACAGCUUCACCUCACCCGAAUGGGCUGAUAUAUCAGAGGAUCCAAAGGAUCUCAUACGCAAAUGUCUAGUCGUCGAUCCAGCGAAACGAAUCACAGUGAAAGAAGUAUUAAAGCAUCCGUUCUUCAAUCAGAUGUUAUUCGAGCAAAAUAUCGAUGGACUGAAGCGCAGCCUAUCAACCAAAUCUAGGAGAAUGAGUCGCAUCAAUGACAUUGCACUGGUUUUAUGCUCCGAACCGUCCACUGAUGGCCGCACCACUUAUCAGCUGAAAUCGCAAAAUCUACGCAACUCGCCUAGCAGUGGCGCGCAGUUGUAUUACAAUCCUAAUAUCAUUAAAACACAGACGAACUAUAGUUACAACAAAUUACCGUCAACGUAUGCCAGCAAUAAUAUUAGCAAUAACAACAAUCGCAAGAGUAUGACAAACUUGUACUUAAACAAACAAGCGAGUAAUCAAAGCAAUAAUAGCAAUAACACCUAUACUACAAACGCAACUACUUCCCCGAGUACGACGUUCCCUCAGGCGUACAAUAACAAUUACAAUCAACGCAAUUAUCAAAGUAAUGGUAAUGCGUUUGACAACACUACGGCUGGUCCGACUACAUUCCUCUCUACAAAUCAAAAUAAUAACAGUAUUGGCAAUGCAACGCCGACGCCGACGCUAUUUAUAACGCAAGAGCAGCAGCAACAACAACAGCAGCAACAGUUGCUCUAUCAGCAGCAGCAACAAUGUAUACAAAAACAACAGCAAACAUAUGAACAACAGCGUCUUUCAAUCAGUUGGUGUUGUGGCAAUGAGAAUUUGCUUCUGCGUAAACAAAGUCGCUUUAAUGCACGCAAGAAAUUCCAAUUCGCCAUAUUGGUUAUACGUGCUAUGAUAAGAAUCCGUCGAUUGCGCUACACCGCCGAGCCAUUACGCGUCGAAGAGGCUAUACGCGAUCCAUAUCGGGUCAAGGUGCUGCGUAAGGUGAUUGAUGGCUGCGCUUUCCGCGUUUACGGGCAUUGGGUGAAGAAGGGCGAAGGCCAGAAUCGUGCCGCACUCUUCGAGAACACACCACGCACAGAGUUGCAUGCGCUCUACAUAAACAACUUGAGUCGAUAGUUUGACGAAGACUCAAAACCGUGGAGCAUAGACGCGAACGCCGCGCAGGGUAGUGUGCAUAAAGGCGAAAUCCGAAAGCGUAAAGUGCUGAAACUUAUGAAUUGCUGAACUUUAGUGAAAAAUGUGAGAACUCCUUUGCUUGCUAUUAGCGUUUAGUGGGCAGUUGGCCGAAAAUUAUUAUGCUUAUGAUUAUUUUAGUUGGUAAGUGAGUUUAAAACAAAUGCUUGUUGAAUUCAGCCAUUUUUUGUAAUUGUUUGUUUGCACUUUUUGAAGUGCAGUUAUUUUAUUUAAUAUACAUAUGUAUAUAUGUAUGUAUAUAUUUUUUUUAUUUGAUUAGUAAUUAGGCAAACUUGUAGUAAUAUUCAAACGUACAUAUAAAUAUAGUGAAAAAAUCCUAAUUAUCGCUAAUUGCAAUUAGGCAAAGCAAAUAGAAAAGUGAAUUGAAAAAGUAUAGCAAAAUGUGUGUUAAAUACAUACAUACGUACAUUCAAAUCUAAACUGAUAAAUGAUAUUAAUGAAUUGUUUAACUUUUGCUUUAGUUUGUAUUAUUUAUAUAGUUUAAUUUUGUUAAGCCUUAAAGCUCUGUACUUUUAAGCAGCUAUGCAGCUGGAGGAAGUAUAAGCAAAAAACCGUAAAUUAAUACCAAAUUAUUUUAUAUGCAUAUAAUUAAUUAAUUAAAAUUAAACUAAAAUUUAAUGAACGAAAUAAUUAUAGUAAUAAAUAGCUGAAUACAGCGGUGCAAAACAAAAGCAAAAACAAAAACAACAUUUGAAGCUAACUAACUCGUUUUAAGUUAAAUACGUUUGUACAACUAUGUGAACGUUGAAUUUCAAAAGUUUAAUUUCAAAGCGCAAAAAUAUUUAUGCAUUACAUUUAAUGCUGUGGCGUCAAGCUACUAUCAUAGUUACUACAUAUUGUGCUUUAUUAUUUUUUUAACAUAUUUUUAUUGCUAAACGUAGUUGCAUGUAUGCACAUUGAAUAAAAGGAAUUUGCGUUUUCAUAACUUAACGCAAUGCACACAUACACUAUAUAUACUUUAUAUAUAUUAUACAUGCAUGCAUACAUCUGUACAUACAUAUCUCAAAACAUACUAAAAAGAAAUGUAAAGCGUUAAAUUAUGCGCAAGACUAAAUCACGGAGGUCACAAUUUUAAUUCAAAAAAUAUGCAAUUUCAUGGUUUUAAAAUUUACACCAGUUUACAGUCAUUUUGCGUCUGUUAUGUUAAAGGGUGCUUCUUGCUAAUUUUGUGUUGCUAAAACCGAAAAACAUACUAAAAAUUUCCUACCUCGUAGGAUUUUUUGUAGUAUAGUUUGGGGGUGUAGGGGUCAAACCGCCAGUGUUUACUAAAAUCAAAUUCGCAAACAGAACACCUUAAAUACCCCCUAGACCUCUUAGCACACCAGUCGCAAAAUUUUUCCCUCAGAUUUGUUGUGUAGUGUUAUUACCAUAUUACAUUACUGAUUCUGUAAAACUAAAUCACGGUUAUUAAUUUAAAAAAGUUGUGCAAUAUUUCAGAACUUUGGAAAUUAUAACUAUUUUUGUGACUAAUUGUGCAAAAAAUGCGCAAAAUUAAAUAUUAAUUUGAAACAAUAAUACAUUAAUACACAAUUUUUGUUAAGAAUUUUUUUUUUAAUUUUAAGCGAAAUUCAAACGAAAAUUGGUUUUAUUAAAUAUUUUAAAAAUUUAACAUUUUAUAUAUACAUACAUAUAUGUAUGUAUGUAUGUACAUAUAUUUUAUUUUUUUAAAACCCAGAAAAAAUACGCAAUAUUAUCUUUUUGAACAAAAACAUAAAUAAUUUUCACAAUAGCCGUUUAACAUCACUCAAAAAUCUCAUUUAAAAAACUUUUCUAUAAUUUAAAAAAAAAAAAUUUUAAAAAUAUAAAAUUUUGGGCAAAAAUAAAAUAAUUUUUUAAAAAUAAACAAGAAGAAGAAAUUGCUGGAAAAUUAAAACACGCGUGCUCACUACAUUCGAAAUUGCAACAGUUUUUUUAAAUUAUUACAUUUAACAUAUGUAUAUUAGCAUAAAUUCAAACACUUUUAAAAUGCAAAAAAUUAUUGAAAUACAAAAAAUUAUUAAAAUGUUCAUUUAGCAAAAAUACAGAUUGGUUUUUAGAAAAUCACCAUAUUUAUAAAAAUAAUUUCAAAUAGUUUUGCAAAUUUAAAAAAAAUAUUUAUUUGACGCAUAAAAUAUAGUGGUACAAAAUUAAAUUACUCAGACGUCUGAUAUUAUCAUUAUUAACUAUUGUAAAAUUUCAUAAAUGAUAUAAAAAAAAUCUUAAAAUACAUAGAACUUAAUUUUAUACAAUAUAUUUAAAAAUGUUUGCAAAAAAGUAAUUGUAAUGAGAAGGAAUAACAAUUAACGCCAUUCAUAUGCAUCAAUAUAAAAAGUAAUAAUUUUUGUUGCAAAUACAUAUUUGAUCACUUAAGCACCCGAACUAAAAUAAUUUAAAUUGUCUAUGUUCUCAGAAUAACAUUCAGAAACAAUAGAGAAAACAUACAAUUUUAUAUAUAUUUAUGUAAAUAUGUAUACAUACACAUACAUACAGUUGCAUGUGUAUACAUGGCUGCUGUUUCAGAAAAGAAAAAUAAUUAAAUAAAAAAGUUAGAAAUAUAAAAGUAAACUUAUAUGAAAUGUAACUAUCAAGUACCUCCAGUGUUUUACGCGCAUAUUUUACACAUGUAUGUAUGUAGCUAUGUAUUGAAUAAAAUAUAUUUGUAUGUGCUACACACAUAAAUAGCAAUAGCAAUUAUAGUGCAUAGAUCGCAUAUGAAUAGAAAUGUAUGCGCAUGUAUGUAUGUAUUUUGAACAUCAACGAAUCACUUACAAGAAAAACGCAAGAGAAAUUGUGAAAAAAUAACAAUUUAAUAAACACUUACGUUGUUACAGUGGAAAAAUAUGUAACUAAAAGAAA